UGUUUAUGAAUGAAAAAUACGUAGGAAGGAUAUACAAUCAUCAAGAAUUAAGCAAUCCGGGCGAUUCAUUAGACCUGAGCAACGCUAAAUGUUUUCCGCUGUACUCUUUUCUACUCGCACUGGGCACCACCACCGUCGACUACUUCAGCCUCGACGUCGAGAGUUCCGAGUACAAAGUCCUGCAGUCCAUCCCCUGGGACAAGCUCGAUAUCAAGACGUUAUCCGUGGAGUACAACCUCAUCCCAGAAGGGAAGCCUGCUCUGAUAGACCUCAUGAAGUCCAAAGGUUACAUACACUACAUGGAAUUCAACAGGCCUUAUACGCAUGAUCUAAUCUUCGUCAAACAGGACGUGUUACGUAAUUCCAACGUCCGAAGGAGGGAACUACCAAUUUUGGAUGUCAAUAACACCAUUAGUUGGAUUGCUCGGUCAAAUUUGGAGUCGUAAUCAAUUUAGUUCUGAGAUUUUGUGUAAGCUGUACAUGGAGAGGAUGUAAAUGAGAGUCAGUUCUCAAUACAACAGACACGGUUCACGAAUUUUAUCGUUGAACAGAAAAUAUCUUCAAUUAUAUUCGUAGCACGAAAUAACUCCAUAAGAUAUACAGGGAUUGGGCAAAAUGAGAGAAUCACCUAUAUUUUGAUGUCGUAAUUUGUGAACAUGUUAUAAACAAUAAAAACCUGACGUAUUUUUA